GAAGGGCUUGUCACAUCCACAUUUUGACAUUCGCACACCAAAAAAAUGCCCACCUCUGGAUGCUGUAACUGUAGCACAGUCCCCAAGGGAAAUCUUUUCACGCUUAAAGGACAACAACACAGUUCAAUUCACUCGGGGGUCAGAGGUUGUGACCCUGUCAACGGGUAAAUUGCCAAGGAAGCCUUUGACAAAUCCACAAACUGUAAUCCACGCACAGGACCGUCGACAACCACGGCCCUUGAAAGAAAUGGGCAGCGGUGCCUUUAUCCCCACAGACACUGACAAAGCCACGGAAGACCCAGCUCUGGAGGCUCUCUCGAUACAGUCCCCACCGAAAGCUUUCUCAUACCCGCUUUCUCGGCUCAAACUAAUGGACACUGGAAAAGAAGCACUGCCCAAAGACCUCCAGUGUGGAGCCCAGGCAACGAAUGGGAGUGUACCAGCGAGCCGGUCGACGUCUACGGACAGUUGCAAAAAGAAAGUUGACGUUUGUGACUUUGUUCACGAGGAAUCCUAUUUCAAGUCCCAUGCUUUAGAAAGAUUGCCCUCCCAGGAUUUCCCGUCAAACACAUUUUUCCUUCUGAAAGAGAGAGGGCGAAAGGAGCAAGAAGACAACGGCUGCCUGGAUCCCAUGAAUAAAGGAGGUGGUGCCCGUGUGCGAUGCACGUCGACCUCUGUGCGUGUCCCAGAGGGUGACAGAGGAGACGCAAGCGCGGCGGCGGCCUUCGUUGUUUCACCCGAGACCGGCUCUCCUGCAAGCCCAGAGGCUGGCCCGAGCCGCCGCACGCCGCCCCCUCCGCCCUUGCCCGGGGGCCGCCCGGGCCUGCUGCACGACCCGCUCCUGCAGCUCACACCGAAGUUCUCCAUCCCCAAGAAGAGACGGUCUGAAUGCCAGGCCAAGCCUACGGUGUCGGCCAGUGGGCCCAGUUCUAUGAAGAACUGCCUUAAAGACUGGGUCCUGAAGAGACUUGGCAGCGGCGUAUAUGUGAAAGGUUUCCAUAUGAACCAAAAGCUGCCUUGGCAGAGCAACAUCAUCACAGAGAGAAUCUCCAGCAACACCCUAAAGACCACCACCGGAAGCACCUACGUCCUGGUGGGGCCCAUGGCUCUGGGACUCAGUGAAAAUGAAUUCCCCAAAUACAUGUUGAAGAAGUUUCUUUUUGGUUUUCCAAAGAAUUGGAAGGAAUGCAUCAGGGACUUUUUUUCGGAGCCAAAAGGUUCACAAGCUGACGGAAAUGAAGGUGGAAAAAAGAAAACACCUCCGGCCCAAAACCAUGUCAGCAAGAGGUCUUCAUCCACAUCCCAAAAGCCAAAGCCUAAGAGAUCUGUGUCUUGCAGUGCCACCAGUGAGGCGGACGGUGCCACCAGUGAGGCGGGCGGUGCCACCAGUGGGGCGGGCGGUGCCAAGGUUUCCCGGAGCGGUCGUCUCCUCAAACCGCCGCUGGAGUACUGGAAGGGGGCGAGGGUCAUCCUGGAUUGCGACCUGAACGUCACCGUUCACGAGGGCUACGACACGUUCUCCGUCCCUAACCCGCAACAAAGAAAACCUUUAGCCAGAGUUGUGUCUCAGGGCCCACCAAAACCAGCAGUGGACUCCUUGCCUCCAGGGGAAGGGCUGCUUCAGGCAGACACCGGCAGGGAUGACACUGUGCUGCUGAGGAAGGUGAAGGCUUGUCACAGGCGUCCGAAGACCCAGUCGGGGAAUGACGCCCCUCAGCCGGCCCCGACGUCUCUGCCAUGCGCGGCUGAUGACAACGACCCUCCCAGGGGCCCCAGAAGGCCUCAGAGGGCCAGGCUGGCGUCUCAGCGUUCUAAGGCUGAAGCGAGCCAUUCUGCUAAACACCCGGGACCGCCCGGUAUGACCCAACAGUCCAUGAACCCUCCGCGCCACACCCGCAGGAGCGCCGAGAAGCAGAGCAGCUCUGAUGACUCUGAGCUGUUGCCUGGGCAACUGGUUAAGGGACAAGGAAAGGCAGGACGUCCCCGCGUGUUUGACCUGCCACUGGAAGGCGUUCGUCAAAAAAAGCCCGGGGAUGAAGUUGAGAUGGAGCGUGCAGUCGCCGGAAGGCAUGCGGCCAGGUUAAGAAGUGAGAACCUGGGUCGGCGCCGUGGUUCUGUCACAGAGGCCCAAUCCAAUGACGACGCUGCACGGAAGAAAAAACCCAAAACAGGAUCAAUGAUGCCACGUGGUUUGAGAGCGCGUGGAAGGGUUCUGGGCAAUUCCGACUCAAGCCCAAGUGCAUUGUUGACUUCCCCAGACGACUUGAAUGGGGAUUUAAGCAAAAGGGAGUCCCAGACCGAUGAUGAUGAUCAUCAUCAUCGUGUUGCACGGAAGGAGGACUCCAAGACAAUGGUAGUAGAGUUGGUCAGACUACGGGUUCCAAGGAAAAGAGGAAGCCUUAGGGGUGAUCCCAUGUCAACAUCCCCGGAUGACUCGCAGACGGAAUUAACAAAAAGGGAGUCCCAGUCUGAUGAUGCUGCAGAGACGAAAGGGACGAUGGUGAACACACCGCUUACAAGGACCCGUGGCAGGGCUUCCUCUCACAACUCAAAGAAGGAGUUCACUACAAGGGCCGAUGGCGGAUUGGUCCGGAAGACACGGGCUAAGGCCAAACGGGUGGAAGCCGAACCAGUGAACCCGCGGAAUAAAAGGACACGUGGCAGGGCUGCGGAGGGGUCCCUGGGAGCUUCAAGAGAGUUGUUCACUUCCUCGGACGACGAUUUCCCGAAAAGGGCUUGUCCAGGGAAACGUAGAGGAAAGGACCGCUGGGGCGCUGCAUCCCAGCAGGAAGAAAUGAAAGAAAAUCAUGAUCAGUGGACAGAAGAAGAAUUGCUGAGACUGCACGAGGCUGUGAUGUCUAUCCCUAAACAUGUUAAGGACUUCUGGGUGAAGGUUGCCUUCGUGGUGAGCACCCGUUCAGCCGGAGAGUGCCAGGAGCAGUUCAAUGCCCAGGCCCCCACCUGCCCACGUCCAAGAGGAACCUCCAAAACAAAGAAGGUGCAGGAGCCAUCAGCUACUGAACCGCCCCGGAUAACCGCGAGAAAGGGCACGCUGAAGCGGAAGCAGCAGGUGCGUAACCUCAUGGAUCAAAUGCCGAAAGACGACCACGAUGACAUCUUCAACAGCUCGCCCAUGCUAAACAAACGCGUCAAGCUGCCCACUCAUUCCCUCGAUGGGACAGAGGAUGUGUUCAUGCGCUCUGAACACGACCCACAGACACCCGGAUCGUCAGGCUUUCCAUCAGUGAAAACCCCCCAGUGUCUCCAUAUCACACCCGGUAUGAUGGGCUCCAGGAACAGAAACGACGACGACAAAUAUAUCUACCAACUUCAAAAAAGAAUGAAAAAAAGUCAAGCAAAGCUGCAUAAGAUUGGGGCUGCUCCAAAGUGCACAACUACUCCAUCAGCAAAAUCUGUUUUGAGGAGAUGUAAUAUGGAUAAUGAUUCUUCUAUGCUGGUGUGGAAAAUGUUUGAGGGGGACCCUUCGGUGGACAGCGGGGAAGAAGAGGACUAUUAUUUUGGGGAGGAGGACUAAGCUGAUUGACAUGUCUGUAUUCACUAUAUUCUACAUUUGUAUAUAGUAUAUUCACUAUAUUCCAGAGGCAAAGGACAAACUGAAGGACCUACUGGAAUCAGUCCAAUAAGAAAACGGGAGUUGUCUGCAGAUGUUUUGUUCUGAUAAUUUUGUCUUUUUUAAUCAAGAAUUGAAAUACUUCAGGAUUGUCAAUAGUUGAAUAAAAACAAUGUUGUUACAGUGGCUAGUGAGUUUACCCCUGUUGAUGAGACUAUUGUAGUGAGUGUACCCCUGCUCCCUGGUGAUGAGACUAUUGUAGUGAGUUUACCCCUGCUCCCUGGUGAUGAGACUAUUGUAGUGAGUGUACCCCUGCUCCCUGGUGAUGAGACUAUUGUAGUGAGUGUACCCCUGCUCCCUGGUGAUGAGACUAUUCUUUGUGGACAUGUGGUCUAAAAUCCCUUCCAUUGUGUUCUCUAAAUUUAUAAAAAUGUAAAGAAACAGAUCCAUUCUUCUUGCAAGGGGAGGGUCCACAAAGUAUUAAAUACAAUGAUUUUUAAGGUGACUAUAUAAGGUGACAUAGAAAUGCAACAUGAAAGAGUUGUUCCCAUGUUACAUGAACUGAUUAUUUUUAAAUUGUAGAAUUUUCUGUACGCACACAGUUUCUGUAAUCCCAGUUCUGUAGGCCCAAUUAUUUUCCGGUUACUGAUUUAGGUUUCCCAAUGCGAACUGUUACCCAGUAAAAUCUUCUAAAUUGUU